AUGAACCAGUUCCUCAACCAGCAGGUCCACACCGCCGGGGACGUCCUGAAGCUCGUGAAGUCCUACCACAAGGCAGUUAUUCGUCCCGAGAUGUAUGGGAUGGUGGCACAGCUGGAGUCGGCAAUUAAGAAGGUACAUGACCACACCUUCAAUUGCCAAAAGGAACUACAGUUCAUGGUGGCCGAUAACCGAUCGGCACAGAAGCACGCAGCUGGUUUGCAAUUGGUCACCACUGGGUGGCCAAAUGGGCUCACACCGCAGCAGAGGGAGUACAUGUUGGGAUGGAUGCUGGGAAACACGCCAGAGAUCGUGAGCUACCUUCAGGCAAGAGGUUUGCUGGCCCAGGACUACGACCACACCGCCCUCUCCCCCAACGGCUUCGGCAGCUUCUGGUUCAACGUGCUCACCACGGACCCAGUGACG